AUGACUGUCGUCACCGAAUGGACUUGUGAGCAAGUAGUCCUGUGGCUCGGUGAAGCUGGCUUUGACAACUUCAAAGAGACAUUCUCUGUGAAUGAGAUCACCGGAGAUGUGCUGUCCACGCUUACGAACGAAAUCCUUCGAGACGACUUGAAAAUAUGGGCGUAUGGUCAUCGAGUCAAACUGCUUCGAGCUAUCCAUGAACUUCUUGCCAAGUCCACUUCGAUCGACAGCAUCGCCUCGAAACCAUCUCACUUGUCGUCGGGUGCAUCGCAGUCGCCUGCAGAGAAUGCCGCCUCGUCGCAUCCAGUUCCCCAGCCCAUCCGUCCUCCACCGCGUGUGGUCGUGUUGCCCCCGACGAACCUCCCGGAGAUCCCAAAGGUAGGCCGUCGGCGGUUCUACAACUCCAAGGUCGGCCGAGACAUCCGGCUCAACUCGACGUACCCACACCGCGUGCUCAGUGGCCCCAAGGGCAGCUGCGUCAUGUGCUUCUCCGACAGCACCAGCGGCCGCCGCCGUGAAUUGACGACCACCAAGAAGUGCCUCACGUGCCAAGUGCACCUGUGCGCCAAAACGUUUGGCGAGUACACCACGUCGUGCUUUGAAGCAUUUCACGAACAAGACACGCUCGACAUGCGCGCGCGGCCUCCUCCACGGCCUCGUGUCAUGUACAUUUUGCCGAACUGGGACCCCGCCAAAGAUUCGUACGAGAGCUUGAAGCGCGAAAACCUACGCAUGCAACUGCAGCACCAGUCGUAG